AUGGCGGCUACCACUGCGCCGAAAGACGUGAGUGCCUAUCUCAGUCAAAAACAACGUUUGCCCGACCAAGAGCUCGCUGAUGAAUGGGCCAAGCUCGAGGAACUGCACAACAAAAAGCUUUGGCAUCAGCUGACUCUGAGUUUGCAGUCGUUCGUGCUCCAUCCAUCCCUGCAGAAAGAUGCAGCCCUCAUCGAAUUGUACAACAACUUUCUGUCCACCUUCGAGAGCAAAAUCAAUCCAUUAUCGCUGGUGGAAAUAGUUGCACACAUAGUCAAGCAGUACACGGACAAACCUAGUGCAAUUACAUUCUUGCAGAAAAUUGAACCCAAAGUUAAAAGUAAUCAAGAAGCUGUUGCACUUGUAAAAGUACUCAUUGGCCAAAUUUAUUUGAAUGAAUUAAAUGUUCAGGAUGAAACCAAAAAAAUUAUCGAAGAGGUUGAAGUUAUGCUGGAUGCAAUGGAUGGAGUUUCAUCUGUUCAUGGUAGAUUUUAUCUCCUAGCUAGCCGAUUGUACAGAUUACAAGGAAAACAUGCAGAAUAUUAUAGAACUGCUUUGAGGUAUUUAGGUUGUAUUGAGCUGAAUACUCUGAGUAGGUCAGAUCAAGAACAACAUGCCUUUUUCUUGGGUUUAGCUGCUUUAUUAGGAGAAGGUGUUUAUAAUAUUGGAGAGCUUCUUGCUCAUCCUGUACUGGAAUCACUCAAAGGAACACCAAAUUCUUGGCUUAUUGAUCUGCUGAAUGCAUUUAAUGCAGGUGAUAUAACUGCUUUGGAAAGACUGAAACCACAAUGGAGUCAGAUUGCUGAUCUUGCUGCUCAAGAAUUGAAAUUGAGACAAAAAAUAUCCUUAUUAUGCCUUAUGGAAAUGACUUUCAAACGCCAAGCUAAUAAUAGGCAAUUGACUUUUGAUGAAAUUUCUCAAGAGACUCAUUUACCAAUAGGUGAAGUUGAGCUUUUGGUAAUGAAAGCUUUGGCACAAAAUUUGGUGAGAGGUGCCAUUGACCAAGUUGCUGGUACUGUCAAUAUGACUUGGGUACAACCACGAGUUCUUGAUCGUUCACAAAUUUCUGGAAUGAUUCAACGUUUAGAUGUUUGGUGCAAAGAUGUUAAGUCAAUGGAAACUCUUUUGGAAAAUAGAGCCAAUGAAAUUCUUACACUCUAAUUGUUGAAAAACUUGUAAUGUGUUCCUUACUCGUUUAAAUACACAUAGGAAUUUGAUAACAUUUUUUAAACAGAGUUUUUGGUUAUUGAUUGCAUGCUGUAUUAUUUAAUGAAAGAAAUUGUAUUUUUACAACUGGAAAAUUAUAUUUUUGCGUGUGUUAUGAUUACCAUACUAUUCAUGCAAAAAUUUCAAACCCCAAAACAAUGAUUUUAAUGAAUAUUCUAAUAUGAUUCAAAGUGGAAUUAAUUUAUUUCAAAUAAAUAAUUUAAAAAGUUGAAUACUAAUAUAUAACUAGUGUACAUGAAUAAAAAUUAAAUAAACUUGAAUAACAA